AUCAUGUGAGUACACUGUACGGUUGCCGCUUAAGUGUAGUUCAGUACAGUAUUGUCGGCUACUUCCUUUUUGUUUUUGUUUUUACGUUAACUAUUCUUUUGUCUUUUUUUCAGCGACGAUAAACCGGAAGAUGAGUGUUUUGAAAAGGUUUGAAGAAAUCUUAAUAACAUUACCUGCCGGGGUUUUGAUCGUGUUCUGGUUUUUGGGUACUCCAAAUUUGUGUGUUGCGUACAACCAGAUUAACCCCUUGGUGUAUGAUGAGCAGUUGCUGUGGGUGAGUGGCGGCGCGGGGCAGGUGAACACUUACAGGAUCCCCAUUCUCACGUUUACACUCAAGGGCAGCUUGCUGGCAUUCAGUGAGGCGAGGAAAGGCUCCUCGAGUGACUAUGGGGCCAAGUUCAUCGCCGUCAGGCGCUCCACGGACAGAGGGGCCACCUGGUCUCCCACCUCUUUCAUCGUGGACGACGGCAUUCUGGAGGAUGGCCUGAACCUGGGCUCGGUGGUGGUGGACGAGGACACAGGCUCCGUGCUGCUGCUCUACUCGCUGUGCUUCCAUCGCUACCACUGCAGCCCAUCCAGCACCAUGCUGGUGGAGAGCGUGGACGACGGGCUCAGCUGGGGUCGGCCCCGAAACCUCUCCGUCCAGCUGGGGGUGCAGAGCUUCGCGCCGGGGCCUGGCUAUGGCAUCCAGAAACGCUACCCCCCAGCAGUGGGCCGGCUGGUAGUGUGUGGACAUGGCUCCAUUGAUGGUGACGGGGUCUUCUGCGUGCUCAGCGAUGACCACGGCAAGACGUGGACCAACGGUGCGGCCCUGAAGAGCAUACCGUUCAACCAGCACAAGCUGGAACUGGACUUCAACCCGGACGAGUGUCAGCCCGUGGAGAUGGAGGACGGCAGCAUCGUCAUCAACGUACGCAACCAGUACAACUACCACUGCCGCUGCCGCAUCGUGGUGCGCAGCACGGACGGUGGCCAGUCACUGCCCCUGGAGGGGCUCACCUUCGACCACACGCUGGUGGACCCGGUGGUGGCAGCGGGGGCGCUGCAGAAGGAGGGCAUCAUGUACUUCACCAACCCUGCCAACGAUCACGAGCGGAUCAACCUGACGCUGCGGUGGUCUCUGAGCAACGGCACGUCAUGGGAGAAGGAUGUGGUGCAGAUCUGGCCUGGGCCGAGCGGCUACUCGGCACUGACGUCACUGACGGGCUCGCACCCAGAGGACAGGAAGUUCAUCUACCUCGUAUACGAGAAGGGACACAAGAACUACAUCGAAACGAUCUCCUUUGCAAAGAUCCACUUGUAUGGGGGCAUUUAGGAAGGAAUGGGGGUGAGUGAGGGGUGGGGGACGGCGGGGUAGGAAAAGACUGCUAAAGUUUUCAGUGUUAUCUGUGUAGUUUGGGUGACAGCGUUCCCUGGUGUCAACCCUCAGCAGUGUUUUUGCCAACAAAAGACCAUUCUGAGAAUUUCAAUAUUUUACCAAAUAGCCCAUAAGUGUGUGUGACUGAAUGGUGUGUGCUGUGCCCUGUAAUGAGUUGGCAUCCCAUCCUGGGUUGUUCUCUGCCUCGCACCUGUAAUCUCUGGGAUAGGUUCAGGCCCCCCAACGUCCCUGCAUAAGACAAGCAGGUACAGAGAAUGGAUGGAUGGAUUUUCUGCUUGAAGGAAUGGGAAGAGGCUUGAAGGACAAUGGGGGGGGGGUGUCAGCCAUGAGUUUAAAUCAGACUUGAUUCAAAGAAGUGCUUGUUUCAGUGCAAUGAUAUUUGUUUCUUCUCUUCUCAAUUUGCUUUGAGAAACUGGUAUACAAUUGUUUAAGAUUGUUCGGUCCAUUCAUAGCACAGAUUUCUUUUACAUGUAGAAUUCUACCACUUGGGGGCAGCAAAUCCUACAAUCGUGUCCUGGAACGUUGAGUUUUUUCCCCCAUAUGAAUAGUGGAUUCUUAAGAAAAUGUAUAUCAGUUUGUUCUUUGAAGUAAAAGUAUCCAUGUUGCCAGCACAGCACAAGCCAUGAAAUGGGCCUGGAUUUUAGAUUCUGGGAUUUCACGUGGGACUUCUCAUGAUGUCACCAUAGGAUUGUGUUGACAAGGUGCCAUAGAUGGCAUGUGGACAGGAUCGAGAAGUAAGCCAAGGGCUGGUGCAACACCAUCAACAUUCUUUGUCCUGCAUCCAAUUAUCACAUACAUUUGUUCAAAAAUGUCCUUUCUCAGCCGCUGCCGUCUGACUUAAGUUUAGAGGAAAACGGUCAGCCACCUUGAGAAUAGAUGAUUAAAGAUGGAUCCCGAAAAAGAUGUAUUGUAAAGUGGGAUCUGUAUUCAUAAUUGUCCUGUAUCUCCCCUCUGUAAAAAAUGAAGUCACUUACCUUAGGAUUAAACCUAUUCGAAACUAAAAUUGAUAUGAAUUGAACCAGUUAAGCUGAGCAUUUGCAAAGUAAGCCACCAUUUGCUUGCCUGCUGGGAAGGAUAUUGGGUUCUCUCUGAAGCAAAAAAUUAAAUUUAAUUUGCAUUCCCGAUGAAGUUCAGUGAAAUUUAAUCGUCUAUGGAGAUGUGCAGUGUGGAUGCUCAUAUCUUCUCCAGUUUUUGGUGUGUUGUGGGAGUUCAGUCUCUAAGGAAUCAAACAUUUCCUUCAAUAUUAUUUUGAUCCUUUUUUGAAUAUAAUAAAGCAGUGUGUUAGGGUAACAUACUGGAUUUACUGUCACACUCCCUUAAUUAUAGCUACAGAUUAAAGAAAAAUUGUUUGCCAUGGUAGUCAAUACAUGGAAAUUUGGUAGUCAAAUUUCAAGAUAUAAUUGGGUUCAACAAAUGAUUUGGAUUGCUUGGGAAUUUUAAGUCUGAUUGUGCUAUAAAGGGAAAUGGAUGUACGUGUUCAGUUAUUUUGUAGCUAAUAUCAAACCCAUUGAAAUAUUAAUAACUGGAAUCAUGUGGUGGGUUGUUUAACUGGGUUUGUCACACGGAUGAGCCAGUGCUGUGCACAAAGUGGACAUUAUUACGGGUUUUAAAUGUAAUAAAAAAUCACCGUGAUGCAAUAAUUUUGCAUUUUUCCAGGUUUAUUUAAAAUUCCAGUUAUCCUUAAACAUUGUAUGUAAAUAUUGUAAAG